ACGGGGUUCAGCCUUAUGCAUUCUGGCACGGAAGAGGCUUUUGAAAAGGUUGGACUAUCUUGGGGCACUGGCACUAACUUGAUGAGAAUCAAAGAAAACUACUCCAAGAAAAAACGAACGGUGGAUGAAGUGGGACUGGGGGAUUAUGAAUCCCACAAGCGUUUGCAAAUGGCCUUUCAAGCAGAUCUAGCGCAAUCAGAGGGAAUCCCAUGCAAGCACAUCUAGGAAGGAAGCGGCGAUACUACAGACACUCAAAAGAGCAUCCAGCGGCAAGACGAAUAUGUUACGCAACAUGUCAAAAUUGCCCGGCAGCAGGCUCCAGCGCUUCGCUGUGUUGCCAAGCUUUGUGAGGAGCAACGUCGUCGGAUAAUGAACUUCUUCAAAAUGAACUACAAAGAUUGGGACGAUGCCAAAGAAAAGCUCUCCUCGCCGAACAAUUCUGUGGAUCUUCCCUUCCCAUUCCUCGGGACCACGGUGCCUAAAAGGUUCAUGAUUCGAAACGACCAGGGAAGUUUUCACUAUAUGGGACGGCAAGUGUUCUCCGGACUUUUGGAAGCAUUCAAUUCAAUAACACGAUCUCGGGGACUUGAAGAUCUGUGGGUAUACGGCCUCAUGGGCUACGGCAAAUCAUACCUGCUCGCAGUCCUCACAUGCUUCCUAACAGCAUACGGCUAUCGGGUUGUGUAUCUACCCGAUUGUCGCGUUUGUCAUAAGAGACCUGUUCGGUAUCUUCAAGAUGCUUUGCUAUUCACCUGGGCCGACUCCCCCAAAAAGGCUGAAGAAAUAAUCGGGCUGCGAGACAUGAAUGAAGUCGAAAGCUUCAUCACAAACACCUGGUCGACUUCGGUCAUCUUUGUUGUGGACCAAUUGAAUGCUCUAGACGGCGACGAUGAGGCUCAUACCAAAGCCCGGGUACGCCAUUGGCUGGAUAGAUGCCGCUCUGACGCGAAAACCGUAUUCAGCACUUCUGCGAACAAUAUCUCCUUCCACCGCACAACUUCGCAACAGAACAAUGACUAUUUGUUCACCGUAUUUGGUGGAUUCACUAGGGUGGAAAUGGACGCUUGGUGGAAUCACCAUCAUACCGUGACUCUUGGGGAUUACACCCGAAACGAGAUUGAGGAUUACACUGGAUGCAACCCGCUGUUGCUUGCAAGCUGCACUAAGAAUGACAAUGUCAGCUUUGCUUGUGACGAGAUCCUUCAGAUGGUGCGGCAAUCCCAGCGGUUCGCGGUACGCAUGAAGAACACGCUAAAUGAAUGGGAAUGGUCGCACUACCAAUCUUAUGUCAAAGCAUGCGUCGCUGGAGAUGUUGUUCCUGGGAAUAUCGCCCCCCAACAUGUCGACCACCGUUUCUUCCAUGAGGAGAAUCAAGUUGGGUAUUGUAUCUGCGGUGCUGUCCGGCAAGCGAUUACAAAAGAGCUGGCUCAACUGGGAACAUAUUUGUUCUCGAUUGACGAUAGCAUCGAAGCAAUGAGUGUCCUCAUCAGCAAUCCGUCGGUGGUCGGUUAUUUCCUCGAGAAUGCCAUUCUCCGGUCUAUCAUUGCCACUGGAGUCCCCUGUCUCGACGUACUUGGACCUAUGCCUCAGUUUGUUUUCGAAGGGUUUCCGACUUACAAUCUCGCGUAUGAAAGAGCCUUAUAUGUGCCCAAGGCCUUCAAUUUCCCUGCCAUUGAUGCCGUUCUUUUGCGCCUUAGCCCAGCGGAAAAGAAAGCUGAGCUCAUACCCAUCCAAGUCACUAUUCAGAAGUCUCAUAGAAAAUCGGAAGGACAGUUUUUCAAGGACUGGAACUUCUGGUGUCGGCACCUCCAUGGUUACGAGCUCAGUGUCACCUUCCUCUGGAUCACCUCUGACGAAAAUCUUGAGAGUACAUCCACCGAGGGGAAGGUUCGUAAGACGCGCGACGGCUCUGAGAAGGUGGUUUGGCCUGACUACAAUUCCGUCUACAUCCCGCUGAAGGAAGUGAACAGAGAAGUUUGGAGUGGAUAUGAAGCAGCCAAGGCCAAGCAGACAUUGUUACUGCCCAAUUGAAACCCAUCACCCUGUUUGGUGUUCUAGUCGCGUCAAGUUCAUCUGUUGACCUCUUCGAUUCUGUUAAUGAUUCUCGAUUGACGAACACACGUCUUAGUCGGUUAACCUGGGCUGACUUGUGUUACUUUAUGGAAGUUAACUACACUUACCAAUUGAAGUUGCUUUGCUCUGCGAGCUGAUUCUAACGUG